AUGGCUGUCGUUCGCGCCAGCGCCGACAAUUCUCGAGAAUCGCCACCUAAGUCGCGCCGAGGCGUGUUUGUUGUUCCCCAGCUCAAGGCCACAAGACGACGAGGCAACAAGGCAGCGAUUGAGACCCGUUCCCGAAAGGGGUUAGCGGCUACGGUGGCCGAGUCUUGCCGAUCCGCGCAGUUCGAGAAAAUGAGUCGGUCGCGCACUCCACGGGAUUCAGGGGGAAACAAGCUGGGGGGAUCCAAAGACCCAGCGCGAGAGGUCCCAACCUAUUUACUGAAGGUCUAA